CAGUACAGGACGGGCAGAACGUUGGGCAAGGGCACAUACUCCAUCGUGAAGGAAGCUUUUCACAUCGAAUCCGGGACUCGCUACGCCUGCAAAGUUAUCAACAAGAAGCUGAUUGUAGGCCGGGAGGAAAUGUUCAGGAACGAAAUAUCGGUGCUGAAUCAUAUAUCUAGCACCCAUCCAAACAUCGUCACCCUUCACGACUACUUCGAGACUGCCCACAAUCUAUAUCUCUGUUUUGAACUUUGCACAGGCGGCAUGCUUCUCGACGUAUUUUCCCGGCGAGGCCGUUACAGAGAACCAGAUGCUGCCAGACUGAUCAAGAAUGUACUGUCCACCGUGUCAUACAUACACAGCCGCGGCAUAGUACACGGUGACCUCAAGCCGUCAAAUCUCUUAUUUUUGACUCAGGACGAUGAUUCGGAAAUCAUGAUAGCAGACUUCGGCUUGAGCCGUAUAGUCGACGACAAUACUUUAGUGGCUAUCAACGAAAUCUGCGGUACACCUGGCUACAUGGCGCCCGAAAUAUUUCAGAAAGCGGAGUACGGAAAGCCCGUAGACAUAUGGGCCAUUGGUGUCAUAGCAUUUUUUAUCCUUGGAGGCUAUCAACCAUUCCGCCGCGACAACGAGAAGGCCGAACAACACGCCGUCGUCACUGGCGACUUCAAAUUUCAUCCCCCGGAACCCUGGGAACAUGUGUCGGGUACAGCGAAAGACUUUAUCACGCUUUGCCUGACGCAUGACCCCAUGAAAAGACCUAAGGCCCUCGAGCUCCUCAAUCAUCCGUGGCUUACGGCGCCAAAUGCGCACUUUCAGAGUGAUCCUGCUAUGCCUGGGCAGCCACACGACCUUUUACCGUUCAUUCAGAAGGCCACCGUGGAGUGUAUGUCUCGGAUUCCUUCAUCGUUCUACUAUGACGUGGACAAUGGACCUCAUUACUUCCCCCUACACAGACCAUAG